AUGGCUCCGCCGGGCCCGUGGCUGCUGCUGGCCGCGGUUCUGUGCGCGGCGGCGGCGGCGGCGGCGGUGCCCGAGCCCCGGUGCCCGUCGUGCCCGGCGGGCCCGGAGCGGUGGCUGCUGGAGGAGGUGGCCAAGAAGCAGCUGCUGGAGAAGCUGCGGCUCCGCGAUCGCCCGCGGCUCGCCCACGCCGUGCCCCGCGCCGCCGUGACCCGCGCCCUGCGGCGGCUGCAGGCGGGAGGCGCCCGCCGGGGCCCCGGGGCUGCCGGCAGCGAGGAGGAGGAGGAGGAGGAGCAGAGCUACGAGAUCAUCAGCUUCGCGGAGACAGAUCUCACCUCUCCCCCCAGUUUGGGGCUGCAAUUCCAGUUCAGCCAAGCGCAGGAGCAGGACCUUCUCCUCCUGCAGGCUCAGCUCUGGCUCUACCUGCGAGUUCCCCGCUCCGGCCUCACCCUGAGGAUCUUCCUGGCCUCCAAAACCGCGGCUGGGGCUGGGGGCAACCGCACUCUGCUGGCGGAGAGGCGGCUGAGCACGGCGGGCAGCGCCUGGAGCUCCUUCCCCCUCCUGCCGGGGCUCCAGAGCUUCUUCUCCGCGCACAGCCGGACCCUGCGGCUGGAGCUGGACGGCAGCGAUGGCACGGCCCAGCUCAACGCCAGCUGGUCCCACCAGCCCUUCCUGGUGGCCAAGGUGAAGGUGAGGGAGCCCGGGCACCGCGUGGCCAAGCGCAGCCUCCGCUGCAGCCAGAAUUCCGACCUGUGCUGCCGCAAGGAUUUCUACGUGGAUUUCCGCGACAUCGGUUGGAACGAUUGGAUCAUCAAGCCCGAGGGCUACCAGAUCAAUUACUGCGUGGGCCAGUGCCCUCUGCACGUGGCUGGCAGCCCUGGCAUGGCCUCCUCCUUCCACACGGCCGUCUUCAACCUGGUCAAAGCCAACAAUGUCCAAGCUUCGGGGCAUUCCUGCUGCGUGCCCACGCGGCGCCGCCCGCUCUCCGUGCUCUACUUCGACCGCAACAGCAACAUCGUCAAGACCGACAUCCCCGACAUGAUCGUGGAUGCUUGUGGUUGUAGUUAGGGCUGGGGGAGAUGUGGUGGGACCCCUCCCUUUUCUCCAGGAUUGUGCUGCUGGUGGUGGGGAGGGAGCUGGAGAGCUCCGUGAGCCCUCGGUGGAUCCCUUUGGAGAGGUUUGGGAGGGUGAGGGUCUCGUCAGGGGGAGCAGGGGGCUUUGGGGACAUGUGGGACAGAGCCAAGGCCACGUCAGAGUGCCCAAAGCUGGGCUGUGGGUGUUGGUGACUCUGGACAUCCCUGCUGCACUGUUCCCGAGCUGAUCCCACAUUCCUGGCGCUCACAUUCCCCACUUGGGCCACGUUCAGUGUCUCACCAGGGGUUGGGACGUGGCCGCCUCGGGGGCAGAGGUGAGAGGCAGAAACUGGAGCCGCUUCCUCCACGUGGCAGGACCAGGCAGUCCUGCUCGUUUCCCUCCUGGAACAAACCUUCCUGCACCCACUUCAGGCCUGGCUUUGGGGACAAACAGCACGAGGCACAAACAGCAGGCCUGGGAGAGGAGGAUGAAGGGCACGGCUUCAUCAAGAACCCCAAAGCAGCAGUGACAGGACCGAGUUCUCUGAUCCCUGGAGGGCACAGAGCUGUGAGGACCAAGCUUCCAGGCCCUGGGUGCUUCCCCUUUCCCUGGGUUUGUGCUUCCCUGCCCUGCUCCCUCCUCCAUUCUGGUGCCUCCAUCAAGGGAGGUUCAAACUUUGUGGGCUCAAACUUGACCUUCGAGACCACACCCAAGGCGCAGAUUUGGUUUGUGCCACUGGUUUUGCAGCUAUCCCUUCUUUUCCAGUUCCUGCAGCUGUUGGGAUUCCCUGGUGCUCCAUCCACUCUGCCUUCCCCUUCCUCACUUGGCCUCUGCUUUUAAUUUAUUACACAACAUUUUGGUGCAGCUUCCCAAAUAAACGGGUGGAAAUGCGA